GAUGGAGGGACCCGGGUUGACGCUGGGGCUGCUGGCUAUACUGGUUGUUUGUGGUAGCUGGGGCCUGAACGAGGAGGAGCGGCUAAUUCGGCACCUGUUCGAAGAGAAAGGCUACAACAAGGAGCUCCGGCCGGCACACCAGGGAGAGAGUGUAAAGGUCUCUUUGGCCCUCACACUCUCCAACCUCAUCUCCCUGAAAGAAGUGGAAGAGACCCUCACCACUAACGUGUGGAUUGAGCACGGCUGGACAGACAGCCGGCUGCAGUGGGAUGCUGAAGAAUUUGGGAAUAUCAGUGUCCUGCGCCUGCCCCCUGACAUGCUGUGGCUCCCAGAGAUUGUGCUGGAGAACAACAACGACGGCUCCUUCCAGAUUUCCUACUCCUGCAACGUGCUCAUCUACCCCUCGGGCUAUGUGUACUGGCUGCCGCCCGCCAUCUUCCGCUCUUCCUGCCCCAUCUCCGUCACCUACUUCCCCUUUGACUGGCAGAACUGCUCCCUCAAGUUCAGUUCCCUCAAGUACACAGCCAAGGAGAUCACCCUGAGUCUGAAGCAAGAGGAAGAAGAGGGCCGCUUCUACCCUGUGGAGUGGAUCAUCAUUGACCCCGAGGGCUUCACAGAGAAUGGGGAGUGGGAGAUAGUGCACCGGCCAGCUAGGAUCAACAUGGACCUCAGUGUCCCACUGGACAGUCCCGGCCGCCAGGACGUCUCCUUCUACCUCAUCAUCCGCCGCAAGCCCCUCUUCUACGUCAUCAACAUCCUGGUGCCCUGCGUGCUCAUCUCCUUCAUGAUCAACCUAGUCUUCUACCUGCCGGCAGACAGUGGCGAGAAGACAUCGAUGGCCAUCUCAGUGCUCCUGGCUCAGUCUGUCUUCCUGCUGCUCAUCUCCAAGAGGCUGCCAGCCACAUCCAUCGCCAUCCCCCUCAUUGGCAAAUUCCUGCUCUUCGGCAUGGUGCUGGUGACCAUGGUCGUCGUGAUCUGCGUCAUCGUGCUCAACAUCCACUUCCGCACCCCCAGCACGCACGUGCUGUCUGAGGGGGUCAAGAAGCUCUUCCUGGAGACCCUGCCGGAACUCCUACACAUGUCCCGCCCUGCAGACGAUGGACCUGGCCCGGGGGCUCUGGUCCGGAGGAGCAGCUCCCUGGGCUACAUUUCCAAGGCUGAGGAGUACUUCCUGCUCAAGUCCCGAAGUGACCUCAUGUUUGAGAAGCAGUCCGAGCGCCACGGGCUGGCCCGGCGCCUCACCACCGCACGCCUGCUCCCUGCAGGCUCUGAGCAGGCCCAGCAGGAGCUCUUGAGUGAGCUGAAGCCGGCCGUGGAUGGGGCCAACUUCAUUGUCAGCCACAUGAGGGACCAGAACAAUUACAAUGAGGAGAAGGACUGCUGGAACCGAGUGGCCCGCACAGUGGACCGACUCUGCCUGUUUGUGGUGACGCCCAUCAUGGUGGUGGGCACGGCCUGGAUCUUCCUGCAAGGAGCCUACAACCAGCCUCCACCUCAGCCUUUCCCCGGGGACCCCUUCUCCUACCAUGAGCAGGACAAGCGCUUCAUCUAGAACAGGCCUGCCCUGCCCAGCUGGCCCAGCUCCCAGGCAGCGUCCAGAGGUGGGGGGCACAAGUGGAGGGA